AUGACGAGGAAUGACGAACAACGAACGUCGAAGGGCAGCCGAAGAGUAACGAGAGAGACGGGGGUUGUGGGUCAGAAGAUAGAGACGCCACUUUCUACUGCCUCUCCUCCUUUAAGACCUCGGGGAUGUGGCCGGCCCUGCUUUGUCGCAUCUGGCCUGCACUAUCUAAUCCGAACAGACCGUCAUCUCGUUGAGUCUGCCCAUUCAGUCCAAGCUGUCCAGGCAAUCUGGGGCAGAUGCACAUUGUGUUUGGCCACUGUCGGUUAA